AACCUAUCAACCUGGAAUGCGCAACACGCACCAUGCGUAUUCUAGAAAUUCCUAGUUAGGGGGAGUCAGGGAACUCAAUAGAUCAUCAUCAAAAUCCCCUUUCAUUUCACUGAAUCGGAUUAAACCUCAGAAACAUAAAAGAAUACAAGACAAACUCACUCUCUUCCUCUCGUUGGCUUCGUGUUCCUAGUUCAUAUCUCAGUAAUGGCGGCAGUAGCAGCAAGAAAUGCUCUUCUUAAGCAUCUGAGAGUCAAUGUUGAUGCGAAAAGACAGUUAACAGCUCCAUUCGCUAUGCUUUCUUUGAAUCAGUUUCGGCGUCACUUUUCUGAGGAAGUCAGAGGUUCUUUCCUUGACAAGCAAGAAGUUGCAGAUCGUAUUGUUGGCGUCGUCAAGAAAUUUCAGAAGUGUGAUCCAUCUAAGGUUACACCAGAGGCCAAUUUCCAGCAGGACCUUGGACUUGAUAGUUUAGACACCGUCGAGAUUGUAAUGGCUCUUGAGGAAGAAUUUGGUUUCGAAAUCCCAGACAACGAAGCUGAUAAGAUCAGCUCGAUCAAUGUUGCUGUUGACUUCAUUGCAUCACACCCUCAAGCGAAAUAAACCUGGUGAAGGAUAUGGUGGUAUUCAUUUCCUCCUUUCUCUUUGAAAAAGUACUUUUGUUUGUUCUUUUAAAGAAUGUAGAGAUAAAAGAAGAAGGCAGAACUACAAGGGCCUCCAUUUUCUUCCUCUAGAUUACUACUACUACUUUUUCUGCUCUCCUCUAUUUUUUGGCGUUGAUGAAAAGUGGUUCCCUUUAAGUAUCUAUUGUGGUACUUUUCUCUUGAAGAAAAAGGAUUGGCAGGAAAAUUUGGCUGUAGAUUAGCAUAUGAUUUCCUUGAUUCUUCUUCAUUUUUCUUUUGAUCCUUGUGCAAAUAAAUUCUAUCUGGGAACUGUUAUACUAGAUUUCAUUCAGAGACACCCAUAUUGAGGUUCAUUUGCUAGUUUUAAUUAUGUAAAGAUGAUGUGUUCUUUCAUAUUAGAUACCAGCGAUGUGAAUUUGUUA